CAGUCGAUCAUUAUGGCCACUAGUUGGCGCUAUUAUAACAUUUACCAGCUAACACAACCGUAGAAGAAUAUCACAAGGAGGAUUUCAUACACUAGUUACAACAAAUCUCUCCAAAUUUGAUGGCGGAGAGAUUUUACAAUGGAUAAACACAAGAAACCAUUUGACGUGACUGCCUCUUCGCUGGUGGACCUUAAAGCUGAGCUGUACAGAAAGCAGGAACAAUUUAAACAGCAGCGACUUGGACAAGAAAGUUCUAGCACUGAACACAAACCAAAACCCAAAGUCAAGAAACCAAAUGUCUGGGUGAAGCAAAACUCUGGAGUUGCGGCAAGAGCUGAGAAAGAUGCGGAGCAGCUGGCCGAGGAGCAGACAAGCUUGGAUAAUGCAAAGAGAAAGCUGGAGGAGAAAGCCAAACUUUACGAACAGAUGACAAAAGGAAGCUUUCCAGAUGAAGAAACUGAGGGAUUGUAUCUAGUGGACUUUGCGCAGAAGAUUAUUGACAACAGAAGAGGGGGACACGUACAGAAGGACACUGUCAGUGACGAGGAGGAAACAGGCAGGUUGUCGCCUGUUCCCCCUCCUCAGCACCCAGAUGAAGAAUGGGUGGACUUUGUAGAUGCUUUGGGACGAUCUCGAAGGUGUAUGAAGAAAGACUUGCCAGAUUUUAUGAAAAUGGACCGCGACUUCAAUGGAAAUGGAAAAGUCUCUGCCGACUUGCUGUCAGAGGACAUGCGCAGAGAGCUGCAAAGACGAGAGUGGGAACGAGAAGAAGAGGAAGCCAUGAAGAAGCCCGUUGGACCUGUCCACUACGAGAACAUCAGGGCUCAGGAGGCUCGAGAACUUGGCGUUGGCUACUUUGCUUUCUCUCACGACGAGGAGAACCGCAGAAAGCAGAGGGAAACUCUGGACAUGCUCAGGGAUCAGACGACCGACCAGCGGAGCAAGCGAGAGCGACUGAAAGAGAAGAAGAAGGCCAUGCUGCAGGCGAGGCUGACCAAAAUCAAGCAGAGGAAGCUGAAGGCCAAGGGUGUCAUUGUAGAGGAAGAGCAGCUUGCAGAGGAAAAUGAAGAUGAGGACGUGGCGGAGCCCUCGCCUCAAAUCAGGGAUCCACCAGAGGUCAGCACGGUGAAGAAGGUGGAAGUGGAGAUCCAGGAAAGAAGGGACACCAAACCUGGAGUCCCUCACGUCCGAGAGUGGGACCGAGGCAAAGAAUUCAUGUUUAGUGAGUGGAAAAGCCGGCGCCAGUCAGAGCGAGAUUCUGAGUUUGCACCUCCCGCCACGUAUUUUACCGACCAGAAGCGACCAAGACUUGCAAAGACUCAAAUACCAGAGAAGAAAAAUGUCCCAAUGUCCUUCAUGAGGACACAAGUCCCAGGUGGGAGCACUGAAAGCCAAGAUGAGGAUCCACGCCCACCCCCCGCAGCUGCCCCCUCACAUCCUCCGCCACCACAAAAUCCCCCAACCCAGCCACAGCCUCCGCCGCCAUGUCGCCCUCCAGCUCCCCCCGCCAACCUCCAAUACUCACUUCCUCCUUUUUACCCCCCAUUUGCUCCUCCACAGUUUCUCCACCCACCUUACCCAUUUCCCCAGUCCCCCCUCCGCUACCAAAACCAGUAUCCCCCUCAGUGUCCGCCACCAGUGCUGAGCCAGUUCCAGCCCCGGGUGCCCCUCCAACCCGCUGUGCCCGACCAGCCCCACGCGCCACCCAAAGCCACAGAGCCCAGCCCGCCUGAGGCAACUCCUCAACCAAGUGAGCCUGACCAGGCUCAGGAGCCACCUCAGGGGCCUUCCCAAAGUCUGGACGACAUGCUGGCCUUCUACAGGAACGCCACCUGAUACCUUUGUGUAGGAAAAGGGAUAUAAAAAAAAAAAAAAAAGUAAAUAUAGGAAACUAUAACACACACAUUGGGAAGCAACUGUAUCGCCGUCAAUGAUAUUUGUCACAUUUCCCCCCUCAGAAAUAUGUCACCUCUGUGGUUUAAUUAUUUAAUAAAUAGACUGAUUUAA